AUGAGUGAUGAAACUUCCGUAUCGACAGGGCUAGAUCUGAACUCUUCAGUUUCAUCGUGUUCAGGAAAUUUGGCCAAGCAUACAAACUGUUUAGCCAUCAUUAAACCACAAAUAUUCGACACUCCAAAACCAGUAUCCACCGACACAAAUAAUCAUCAAUUGAAGGAAUAUACCAACAUAGGCCCACCUGGACUGGAGAUCGAGAACAUCAGCAAUCAAGUAGUCGAUGAGACUAAUCAAGUACAAAGAAAACCCCUUCGACUUUUGCACUUACUUUCAAAACGCAGGGCUCCUAAAAUCCAAAUAAUUCCAUCAUCAACGGACCUAAGUGGAACUACAGCUCAAGAACCUCAGGAUAAAAGUGAAUUCGGGGUAGAAGAUUUCAAGCAAAGAAUCACUGGAAGACGGCGGAAUGGUGGGGACAAAAUGACUACAACACCACCUAGACAUUCUACAGGCAACACUCGGGAGCCAAAUUCCCAGACAUCUACGUCGAUAAUUUCGCGCCAGUCUAAGAAGAAAGGAUUUCUCUCGUUUCUGUGCUGUGGUGUACCUGACAGUGCCAAUCCCCUUGAUCCUAAUGAAGACAUCGUCCAAGCAAACAAAGUUUCAAAAGUUCCACUUGUACGCCCUUCUACAGCUAGUCGACCAGAACAAGGCAGCAUAGGUCUUAAGAACAGCGAAUCUGCAACACCUCUUUCUGAAAAAGACACACUACAAGCAGAACCCCAGCCGACCGAUACUUUUGAGGAUAAGACUGAGGUUUCUGGGGCUAUAUCAGAAAAAACAACGGAAGCAAGGCGUGAAAAUGAGAAUGAAGACCAUGCUACGAAUAACACAUCUCCAAUUAAGUCGUCAAAGGCAUCGGAACUUCCCAAUAUCACCAUAUCAGAUCCUUCUAGCUUAUUGCUCAUCAUUCAAAAUCCGUCAGACUCCGAAAAAUCAAAAUCGUACACGCAAAAUGAGCCACAAUCUGGUGCGCAUUACAAAGAAGACCUGAAUCAAGACUCAAAGCUUGUUUUACACCAAAAGAGAGACACGGCUCAAGCUUCACACACGCAAAAUCUCAAGAUCGAUACAAAUCAGCCGCAUAACGAUCCUGUCUCUCGAAACUUUCUUGGGAUAUGUAACGAUGUGGUCGCAACUUCAAAUGAGCAGAAACAACAGUAUCUGCUUCCCCCAAUAACCCCUCGAUUUAAAGGUAAAAAAUGUCUCGUACUAGAUCUUGAUGAGACUCUCGUACAUAGUAGUUUCAAGAUAUUGCACCAAGCUGAUUUUACCAUUCCCGUAGAAAUUGAGGGACAAAAUCAUAACGUCUACGUAAUAAAGCGACCUGGCGUCGAUCAGUUCAUGAAGCGAGUCGGUGAACUCUACGAAGUUGUUGUCUUCACUGCUUCUGUAUCCAAGUAUGGAGACCCACUCCUGGAUCAAUUGGACAUUCACCAUGUUAUACAUCAUCGUCUAUUCCGUGAAAGUUGUUAUAACCACCAAGGCAACUACGUCAAGGAUUUAUCUCAGGUCGGGCGUGAUCUUCGGGAAACAAUUAUAAUUGAUAAUUCUCCAACGUCCUAUAUAUUCCACCCCCAACAUGCAGUGCCUAUAAGCAGUUGGUUCUCUGAUUCUCACGACAACGAGCUCCUCGACUUAAUUCCUGUCCUAGAGGAUCUUGCGGGAGCAGAUGUUCGAGAUGUUAGUCUAGUUCUCGAUGUCGCAAUCUGA